UUUUUUUCUAUUAUAAAGUAUCGUGGUUACUUAAUUUUCUCUCGUAUCCUUAAUUCUCUCACUCAAAUAUUCUUUCGUUGAAAACUAUGGCUGCAGAAAAAUCAUCAAUGAUCACGUUGGUGGCCGCAGACAACUCUGUUUUUGAGGUAGAAGCUAAUAUCGCGAAGGAGAUGAAAACCGUACAAUCUUAUAUCGACGAAUUCGAUCAAAACACCGUUCAAAUUCCUCUACCUAAUGUAUUCAGCAACGAUCUCGCCAUGAUAAUCGAGUAUUGUAAGAAACACGCUUCAGAGGAAGAAUCUAAAGAAGCAAAAGAGGAGUUUGAUGUUGAAUUCGUGAAGAGGAUGAAAAGCGAUGACAAAUUACGGCUCAUUCAGGCGGCAAGUUAUCUCAACAUUGAAAGUCUUCUUCAAUUUUUGGCAAAGGCUAUUGCUGAUGAAAUUAAAAACCAGAGUGUGGAAUUUGUUCGUGACUAUUUUCACAUCGAGAAUGAUUUUACGCCGGAGGAAGAAUCCGAGUUACGCAAAGAGAAUGAAUGGGCUUUUAAAUAGUGAUUUGUUUAUUGGAUUCGAAAAUAAGAUUAGAAAUUAGAAAUUGAAUGUAGAUUAUUUGGUUAAGUUGUAUGGAAAAUAGUUCAAUUGUGCGAUUUGAUUUGAUAGUGUUUUUUAUAUAAUUAUUUGAUUGUA